AUGCCAGUUUCUUAUUCUGCUCAGCAGGGUUUGGAUCCUCUGCAGCGAGCCUUCAAUAUGUUCAUCCUGAACCUACCAACAGGAGAUUUGAAUGAGCUCAUUUCCUUCGCUCGUCACUCAAGUGGCAAGGAACAGCCAUUCGCCGAGAAUUCUAUCCUCAGGCAAGCUGGUGAAGUCCUCAAAUCAAUUUCUUUAAACGAUGAUGGUCACGGAAUGCCACAAUCUCCAAGUGUUAGCAGUCGUUCUAGUCGCAGCAAGAAUGGGACUGAGAAGAAGCUUCGUCCAUUGAAUAGCUUUAUCGCAUAUCGAAGUUUUUACUCUACUAUGUUUACGGAUAUGACCCAGAAGUCCAAGUCUGGGAUCAUCAAAUACCUUUGGCAGAUCGAUCCUUACAAAGGAAAAUGGGCUAUACUCGCCAAGGCUUACUCUAUUUUGCGUGAUGAUCAUUCAGACAAUGUCUCCCUCGAUACAUUCCUUGACUUGAUGGUUCCUUUCAUUGGACUCAUUCAGCCUGCAAGCUAUCUGGAAGCUAUGGGAUGUCAAAUAAUAACGACGGCUGAUCAGCAAUAUCAGGUUCAGAGUAUCUCCUCUACUGGUCCAGAUGCCUCUAAUUCUGCUACAAACUAUUCAGUAGCAGAUAUUGUGAAUCAUUGUUAUGAAUGCGGCUAUAUCAAAGAUUCGCCUUGUGCUGAACUACCCGACGACACUACUCAAGUCCCUUUCGCAGCAAAGCCUACUAUUUUUCCAAUUCAAACUGAUCAAGCGCCGAUUAAUCUGGAUGAUGUCAACCGUAUAGUACAGGACACUGAGCUUUCUAGGCCUGUUGAUGCCGCUAUGGGACAGACUAUCAAAAGCUAUCUCAGUGUUAACCAACCUGUUCGAACUCAAUACGAGCUUUUCAAGAUCAUCGAUGGCGCGGUUGUUGACCUGAGUGAAGCUAAUGCAGGCGAUCCGGAUUUCUAUGCACCAUUCAACCCUGCCGUUCAAGCAUUCCCAACAUUUGAUCCAAUGGCAAAUGAUCCAUUCGAUCCAUACAAUAUCAACGAAAUGGACUUUUAA